ACCAACCCCGCAACCACCAACAGAGCUGGUAGCAACAUCAUCACUACAUGCUCUCAGCUCAAACAUCGAAAUCUGACGCUGCUCGUUGUAUCGUCUCAUCCAGCCUUGGAACUUUCACGCGUGCCUGCCGUCUCGCCUCGCUGCUUUCCACGUGUUUCUUCACAGCUGCGACCAUCGAAACCACCGACGUGCCUUCCCCGCGGCCAUUGCGUGUUUACUUGUUGACGCCACACAACUCGUAGGCGACAUGGCCUCAGAAACCAGCGGGCACAGCGCACAUCUGCCCAUGGCACCCCCGCCGCUCCACACUCGCUCCAGUGAGAUGGAUUGCCCAAGCACGCCCUCUCGGGACCCCUUCAUCAGCCCGCGCCAGACACCUCUGGGAAGUCCAAGCAAAAGCCACCAUCCACCCGGCGCAUUCGAUCUGCCCCACGUCUUCGAAAAUGCUAUGAAGCUUUUCCCGACCAUGGGCGCGCCUGCCAAGCAGAAGCCAGAUACACCCGGUUCGCCCAGCAGGCUGAAGAUUGGAACCAACAUAGACCACUCUGCAGGAGAUAGCACAGCGCUCUCGGCGGGAAGUCCGACUCGUAAGUCGAACCUGGAGAAUACGCCGCCUAGCGUCCGACCAGGCACACACAAGGAGCCCGGCUUUCUCACACAGGCUGCGCAAUCGCGUCAAGAGCCGUACCGAUCACGAGAGGCGGAGGGUUCACAGCGGUACUAUCCUGCGCCACCGCGUCUCUCAGCUGAGGAACUCGAGAAGGCCAGGAAGCCAGCCGUGAAGCGUCUUGCGAAUGUCACCCAGCUAUACUUCCUCGACUACUACUUCGAUCUCCUCACUUAUGUGCACACUCGUCAGAACCGCCUCAACCAGUUCAAAGAACAGAACCCUCCGCCGCCCGACACACCCGAACCCGAGUAUACUGAAGCUCUUACACGUUACCUGGGCCGGGAGCGCGCCAACCUCCGCAAGCGUCGCACACGAUUGAGGCAGGGUGAUUUCCAGAUUCUCACACAAGUUGGCCAGGGAGGCUAUGGCCAGGUGUUCUUGGCGCAAAAGAAGGACACUAAGGAAGUGUGCGCCUUGAAGGUCAUGAGCAAGACACUCUUGUUCAAGCUGGAUGAAGUGCGCCACGUUCUGACGGAGCGUGAUAUUUUGACCACAGCGAAGAGCGAGUGGCUUGUUCGACUGCUUUAUGCCUUCCAAGAUGAGAAGAGCAUCUAUCUUGCGAUGGAAUAUGUACCUGGAGGCGACUUCCGUACGUUGUUGAACAACACCGGGGUCUUGCAUAACCGGCACGCGCGGUUCUAUAUUGCAGAGAUGUUCUCUUGUGUCGAUUCGUUGCAUCAGCUUGGGUACAUCCACCGUGACCUGAAGCCCGAGAACUUCCUCAUCGACAGUACCGGCCAUGUCAAGCUUACCGACUUUGGCCUGGCAGCUGGUAUGCUUGCUCCUAUCAAGAUCGAGUCUAUGCGCAUCAAGCUGCAAUCAGUGAGCGAUGUGGUCGCGCCUUUUGGUCGUCCUGUAGAAGAACGAAGCGCUGCUCAGCGCCGAGAUAACUACCGAUCCCUUCGCGAGCGAGAUGUCAAUUAUGCGAAGAGUAUCGUUGGCAGUCCUGACUACAUGGCGCCCGAGGUCCUCAAAGGAGAUGAGUACGACUUCACGGUAGAUUACUGGAGCCUGGGUUGUAUGCUGUUCGAAGCCUUGGCCGGAUACCCACCAUUUGCGGGCGCCACUGUGGAUGAGACGUGGCAGAACCUGAAGCAGUGGAAGAAAGUUCUACGCAAGCCGGUGUACGAAGACCCGUCAUACUUCCUGUCGAAGCGUACCUGGGACCUCAUCAUUCGUCUUGUUGCUUCGAAGUCAACACGUUUCCGUGGUAUCUCAGAGAUUCACGCGCAUCAAUACUUCGCAGAAGUAGAUUGGGCAAAGCUGAGAGAGCAAAAGGCACCAUUCGUCCCAGAGCUUGACAGCGACACAGACGCGGGGUACUUCGACGACUUCGGUAACGAAUCGGACAUGGCCAAAUACAAGGAGGUUCAUGACAAACAGGCAGCGUUGGAAGCUAUGGCAGAGCGUGAUGAGAAGAUGAACAAGGGACUCUUCGUUGGAUUCACCUUCCGUCACAAGAAGACAGCAGAUGAGAAUGGAAACCCGGCGAGCCCGAGGAAGCCUCUCAGCGCAGUUGAAGAGAACUUCGGCACUAUUUUCUAGUGCCGUUGACGGCUACGUACUUUUCUGACACUGGCCGCACCGGUGUCUUUCCAUUCUGCGCCCAGCGAGGCAACAUUUGAAGCAUACAAAAUUUGACGUUGGCACGUGUAAUGAGCAAAGUGCAUAGGUGGAUGGUUUUAACAUGCGGAAUUACUGCGUUUGGAUUUGGCGUUACUGCAUACCAUGAGUGGACUACGGAGGGUGGUUCGGUAAGUGUUCUUAUCGCGAGGACGCUGCCAUGUAUUAGUAGAGCUUGAGGUGAUUCUUCAGUCAAAUAUACCCAGUAUUUCUUCCA